CUCCCCAGCGCCUGGCAGAGCGGGCGGGCAACCCCGGCUCCCCCGGCCCGGCGCCUCCUUAACCCGGGGAGGCGGGGGCGGCCGCGGCCGAGGGGAGCCGGGGGAGGCGGAGCGGCGGCCGGGGAGGAGCUGGGGCCUGCAGUGGAGCCGCAGCCCGGAGCAGCAGCCGCGGGAGCGGCGGGGCCUGGAGAGAGUCAGCGCCGCCCGGGCCGGGCCCCCCGCACCGGAGCCCGGGGAGCCCCCCGGGGACGAAGCCGCGGCCCGGCGGAAGGCGGCGGAGGCGCCGCGCAGCCCCGUGCAGGCCCGUGAGCCGCCGCGGCCUCCCGUGGUAGCCGAACCCGGGCAGGAGGAGCUGGGGCCUGGGGGGAAGCCAGGGACAGCGGCCGGGGUGGGGGGACACCCCCAUAGCCUGCCGGGGUGGGGGAGAGACCCUGCCCGCCGCCCCCCGCCCCGUCCGCAGCCCCGUUAGGCAGCCCCGCGCCCGGUGUGGGGACACCCCGGCGCCCCCCCCCGCCAGUCCCCUUCCCCGCAGCUGGUGAGGGAGCUUAACACUUGCCCCCUUCCCCACUAACGAGCCAAGGGUGUGCGGAGGCCCCCGGCAGCCAGCCCUAGUUACUAUCUAGAAGCAGGUCUGCUCUUUCUCGCUGUGGAACAGAGCCUUCUGGAGCUCCUAGAUACUUGUUACGGGGAGAGGUGUCCUCAGACCCCAGUUCCUGAGGAUUGUGAGAAUAACCUUUAUUGCCGACUCCCUCCUGCUGCUGAGGAAAGUCUUCUCUCAAGCAGAGCAGACAGCCCUUCCCCAGAUCAGGUAGUAGUGGGUGUCUUUACAGAGGAAUUCCUGUAUGCCCAGGAGAGGCAGUUCCCAAGGCAGAAAUAAGUAGGAGCUCCAGAUACUUACCUAGUAAUUUUAAUUAUUUAUAUCUGCUCGGCAGGUGAUAGAGCAAAACAAGGGAGAGAAAGCAGAGAUUUAGCUAGUCUUUCUUUUUCCAGUUGCUGUUAACUGGAGAUAAAGGUAAUUUCCAAUACUGAUCUCAUCUUCCUUUAUCCCAAGGAAGAUCCCUCGUCCCCUAAUCCCAAGAGGGUUUUCUUCAAAUACCCCGUGCAAGGAGAGAGGACACACCUCCUAGUUACAGGGAGAGGAAAAGGCAGAUUUCACUGAUAAUAUCCACCGAGAUAGCAAGAAUUGUUUUAGAGAAAGAGAUUUUUUUUUCCCCCUUACGGGCAAGGUGUAUGUAGAGAAAAGAGAUUUCUAGGUAGGCAGAUUGGAAAAAUUGAUUUCUAAAAUAAUCUGACCAUCAGUGAAAAGGCUGUUUCCUGGGGAACACCCCUUUAGUAGUUAGCUGCCAAAAGGGAGAGAGGGUCUCCAUCCCGGGAUAAAACCAGCAGUUUUAGGGGACUGACAAUCCCCUAGCAGAUUGUUUUAAUACUCAAGAUCCUGAUUUCAUCCACAAUCCUUUCGCCCUCGAAAUAUUUUUGGAAGAAGCCCUUGGAAUAGCUGACAGCAACGGUCUGAGUAUGGGUCUCAGAGAAGGAGUGUGAAGGGCAGCACCCCAACAACCAGCACUGAAGAUAAUCCACCUCCCUCCAGAAAAUCUUCCAGACAGAAUAUUCCUGCUUCCAGCAGCAUGGCCUCUGACCUGGAAAGCAGCCUCACUUCCAUAGACUGGCUCCCACAGCUUACUUUAAGGGCUACUAUUGAAAAAUUAGGGGGUUCCUCACAAGCAGGACCUCCAGGGUCUGCCCGAAAGUGUCCCCCAGGCUCACCAACAGAUCCCAACGCCACACUGAGUAAGGAUGAGGCAGCAGUGCACCAAGAUGGGAAGCCACGUUACAGCUAUGCCACUUUGAUCACAUAUGCCAUCAACUCAUCACCUGCCAAGAAGAUGACGCUUAGUGAGAUCUACCGUUGGAUCUGCGACAACUUUCCCUACUACAAAAAUGCUGGUAUUGGUUGGAAGAACUCUAUUCGUCAUAACCUCUCUCUGAAUAAAUGUUUUCGAAAGGUGCCUCGACCAAGAGAUGAUCCUGGGAAGGGCUCUUAUUGGACAAUAGAUACAUGUCCAGAUAUAUCUCGCAAGAGGCGGCAUCCUCCAGAUGAUGACAUACCACAAGACUCCCCAGAGCAAGAGGCAAGUAAAAGCCCCCGAGGGGCCGUUCCAGUCAGCACAGAAGCCUCUUUGCCGCCUGAGGCCACCCCUCAGAUGUCGAUCCAGAGCACCACCCCCAUUGCUAACUACAGUCAGGGUGCAGGGCCUGUGGAUGUUGCCUCUACUGUAGCAGGGGGGCAGGGCCGUGAAGGGGCCGAUGUGCCACCUCCGCUGUACAGUGCCAACCAUGACUUCAAGUUCUCCUACUCCGAGAUCAACUUCCAGGACCUUAGCUGGUCCUUCCGAAAUCUCUACAAAUCCAUGCUGGAGAAAUCAUCUUCCUCUCAGCACGGUUUCUCUUCACUCCUUGGUGACAUGCAGCCCUCCAACCACAAUUACUACAUGUACCAGCAGCAGCAGCAGCAAGGCCCCUCCUCAGUGGGUGCUGCUCCCCCACUCCACACUCCAACCCCAGAGGGUUGCCCAUCCCAAGGAGGAAAGCAGCAGGGUGGUGAAGGUUAUGGCCCUCCACCAGUGAUGUCCAUGCACCCGCCCCCGAUGCAGCAUGGAGGUUACCACCAGCAUCAACAGCAUCACCCACACUCCCACCCACAGCAGCAGCCACACCAGCAGCAGCAGCAGUCACAGGCUUCAAUCAACAACGCUGGCUUUGCGUUUCCCCCUGAUUGGUGCUCCAACAUUGAUUCCCUGAAGGAAAGCUUCAAGAUGGUAAACCGGCUGAACUGGUCUAGCAUUGAGCACUCCCAAUUCUCAGAGCUCAUGGAGAGUUUGCGCCAGGCUGAGCGGAAGAACUGGACGCUGGAUCAACACCAUAUUGCCAACCUCUGUGACUCCCUUAAUCACUUCCUUACCCAGACUGGUCAGCUCCCUCAUCUGGUUGGCCCACAGCAGCCCCCUCGAAUCUCUGAUUCUUGUGCCCUGAACAGUGGCAAACAGGAGCAAUCCAUGAACCAAGUGAACUCCUAUGGUCAGCCCCAGCCUCCCCAUCUCUUCUCCGGGCCAUCUCCUAUGUACCAGAUUUCUACCCAGGACUCUCCGGGAUAUAAUCGCCCAGCUCAUCAUCUGGUCCCUCGGCCUCCAGGGCCUCCUCCAGGCGCCAAUGAGGAAAUCCCCGAUGAUUUCGACUGGGACUUAAUCACCUAGCGAGUUACAGACUUGAUAGCCCGUCCUUUAUGAAGGACGUGGGAGGGGAGGGGGACAUGGGGUCAAUGGUGUCAGCACCACCCUCCCCAGCCUCCCUGCCUUGCCUGUAUAUAGAUAUAUAUUCUCUAUCUCCGCCAGAGAAGCCACCGCAAGAUGCUGCCGAAGAUAAUCCUUCCUUGCGUCCUGUUUUAUCUUCUUUUCUUCUUUUGUUUAUUAUUAUUAUUGUUAUUAUUAUUAUUACCAAUAAUUGAGCACAGCCCUCCCCCUCCUCCGGUGGCCUCAGACGCAUCGGAUCGGCUCUUUUGUGUUGCGCAGUGCCCUGUGGAGGGCGGGAAGAUGGGUCCUUGGUGCCAUGAAAAGACCUUGGAAGGCUGAAUCCUCGAGUGCAUCUUUCUCUGCCUCCGUUAUUUUGCGUUUAACAAUCCCUCUUUCCCUUCAAGGUGGCCGGUGAAUCUGUCGUAUUGGCUACUGGAGUGAGAGAGCCUAGUGGACCCUGGGAGCCUGUAGUUAUGUUGUUUCGUAAAUGUUGUAAAGGUCAGGGGGCUGAAGGGACACUGGAGGGGUGAUCUUAGCUCUGUGAACUUUGUUGCACCAGCAGGAACAGCAAGAAAAUAAGUGGUGUUCCCAAGUACAAAGAGAGGGUAAUCCCUGAGGUAGGGAGAGCUGAGCUGAGCUGGGAGGGCAGACCUGAGUUUGGAGAAAGGAGAAUGUAGCAGAUAUGGUAUUUCAGCAGAGAAGUUGGGUUUCAGAAUGUGGUGCCAUCUGUGAAGACUGAGAGAUUCUUGAGGGAAUCCUGACCCAUUUCCUACACUGCCUUUUGCAGUCUCUAGGUGAAGCCUACAUACCCAUCGGGUAAAAGAAGCAGUCAGGGGUGUCACAUGUGAUUCAACAAAUUCUGUUCCCCAGAGCUUUUCAUUUCACCCCACACCCCUUCAAGCCCUUUUUCAAAAUAUGUAGUGAGGCUCUCCCUUUUAUAUGCAAAUUUGGAAGUUUUCUCUCAUCAGUAUUUGUCCAAUUGUUAUUUGAUCCUCCAUCCCUCAUAUUUCUUUGGAGGCUGUCCUUGCCUGUGGUUGAGAGUGCCAGCAACAGGAGUCUGGCUGUGUAGGUGCACAUCCUCCAUCAGCGGUUCCCACUUGGUGAAUGGGCUUGUGGUGGGCAGAGUGGGGCUGAACUGGGGGGCUGCUGGCCAAGGGCUGAACCCUCUGGUCAGGGACCGAGAGGCCCCUGCAAGCAGUUUUUGUAAGAGGGGCAUUAGGGGAGACAGAGUGAAGCAGGGCAGGGUUUUGAACCAAUCAACCAAAGAGUGUAGUAUGAAAGGGAGAAGGGUGUCUCAGACCCCUUGCAGUUCAGCUGGGGAGAUGAUGUUAACCUAGUGUAAAUCCUGAAGGAUGAGCUUUGUCAGCAUGUGCAAAUCAGGAAGGUGGGAAAGGUGCAGGAAUGGGAGUGAGCAUUUAGAUGCUUCCUCUCCAAAGGUGUGUCCUGUGUUCCCCUUCUUUCUCGUAUGGCUCCGUUCUGUCAAACCUCUUGUUUCUUCUUAAUAUUUUUAAAGCCUUCCCCCAGCCCUUAUUCCCUAUUUACCAGUGAAGGGAACAAAUGUGGAAACAGACUAUCAUGGCUGCUUGACAGACCUGGAGCACAGGAGUAAAGUAAUAACCUCUCUUCUGACUGCAGGAAGGUGGGGAACUAGCACUGCUUUUAAAAUUUGCUGUAGGGAUAAACCAGUUGGAAAUUGGAUUGUUGUCAGGGAAGCAGACAGGGUCUCAUUGCAUUGGAAGGGGGGAACAGCACUUUUUUUUCCCUUUUUUUUAAAAUUUUUGUUGUUGUUGUUGUUGGUUUUUUUUUUGUUUUGUUUUAAGUGUGUAUUUGGGGGGGAGUUCGUCAUUGAGCAUUUCCAAGAGAAAUGAGGAAUCCCAGACAGCUUCAACAUGGAGUCAGCCGUUAUCUCUGCUGCCUCAGGAUGGGAAUGAUACAGCUUUGGAAGCAUGUGUGAUAGGUUUCUGUGGAAAGUGGCACCAGCGACAACGAGAGACAACUUAUGGCAGGUGCCAGUUGGUGUUUUGCAGUGGACAUUACUGAGAGCCGGCCCUGUGGAAGUCUGAAAACACCACCGGAAGAAAAACAAACCAAGAUGGCUCCUUCUGCGUAUCCAAGUGCUCCUCAUUUGCAUAUUUGCCUCAUUUGCGUAUUAAGUUGUGCCUCAUUUGCAUAUGUAAAUACAUGCCGGUCAGUGUGCAAAUUAGCCUCGUUCCUCUGCCCCUGAAAUCAAUGUGUGUUGUUAGUGCGUGGUAAGACAUCGAUGGGUGGUUGUGGAGCUCUGCAGGUGCGCUGGCACCGGCCUGCAGGCAGGGCAGGGGGGCCAGCCUGGCCCACAGAGGGGUCUUGCAGGCCCCUCCAGCCCAAUGUGGCCCCCAGUGUUUGUGUCAGUGGUCAGGGAGAGAGGGGCGUGGUCUCACGAGUUUAUUUUUGUGCAUGCUUUCUUAAUAAAAAGAAAAAGUGAAUGUUUAUGGUUUAA